AUGGGUGCCCAGGAACUAGCUGUUCCUCCACAAGACGAUAUGAAUCCUGGAACAGAAACAUCAACUUUGGCCGCUCCGUCUGUCAAUGCAUCUGUCGUUGAUGCUGAUGAAAAGAUUGACCGAGGCUCGACAACAAGCCAUUCGAACAAGUUGAAAGCCGUCGACGAGGCCCCUAUCGAUGAUGAUAGAAACGAGCUGGAAAAGACACAGACCAUGGAAUCCCUACACGAAUACCCGACAGCAUGGAAGCUGGGCAUUAUCUCGAUUGCUCUCUGUCUUUCCGUCUUUUGCAUGGCGUUAGAUAAUACUAUCAUUGCUACCGCUAUCCCAAAAAUCACUGAUCAUUUCAAUUCUCUGAAUGAUAUCGGCUGGUAUGGUAGUGCUUACAUGUUGACAACAUGCGCCUUCCAAUUGCUAUUCGGAAAAUUCUAUACAUUCUACUCUGUCAAAUGGGUCUACCUCAUUGCACUUUUAAUCUUCGAGGUCGGCUCUAUUGUCUGCGCCGCUGCUCCAACAUCUGAGGCUCUUAUCAUUGGACGUGCUAUCGCUGGUGUUGGCUCUGCUGGUAUCUUCGCUGGUGCUUUGCUUAUUGUCGCCCAGACCGUUCCACUUGAGAAGAGGCCGACAUAUACCGGUCUGAUUGGUUCCAUGUACGGUCUUGCAUCCGUCGCUGGCCCUCUUCUUGGUGGUGUUUUCACCGAUAGCGAGAAACUCACCUGGAGGUGGUGUUUCUGGAUUAAUUUACCAUUCGGUGCGGUUACCGCUUUGUUCAUCGUUUUCUUUUAUACCGAUAUCCGAAAGGUCAAGGAGACCGAUCUUACCUGGAAGGAUCGUCUUGAGCAAUUCGACAUCCACGGAACAAUUGUCUUCAUGCCAGCUAUCAUCUGUUUAUUACUUGCUCUCCAGUGGGGUGGAUCGAAGUACCCAUGGGGCAACGGACGCAUCAUCGCCCUCCUCGUUCUUGCAUUUGUGCUUCUCGCAACUUUCGUCGGUAUCCAAAUCUGGAAGCAGGAUAAGGCUACUGUUCCUCCAAGAAUCCUCAAGCAGCGCUCCGUCGCCGGCUCAGCUUGGUUCGCUGCUAUGCUUGGUUCCGCUUUCUUCGUCCUCGUCUACUUCGUUCCACUCUGGUUCCAAGCCAUUAAAUCCGUCUCUGCUACGAAAUCUGGCAUCAUGAACUUGCCAAUGAUUCUUACGCUCGUCAUCAUGUCUAUUCUUGCUGGUGGUCUCGUCACUGUCACUGGUUAUUACAACCCAUUCGUCAUCGGCUCCAGCAUCCUCGGAACUGUCGGUGCAGGUCUCAUAUCCACUUGGGAGGUUGAUACCGCACACCCAGCAUGGAUUGGUUAUCAAGCUAUCUUCGGUCUCGGUAUUGGUAUGGGUAUGCAACAGCCACUCAUCGCAGUCCAGGCCGUUUUGAAGCAUCGCGACAUUGCUACUGGCACCGCUAUCAUCAUCUUUUCUCAAACCCUCGGUGGUGCUCUUUCUAUUUCCAUCGCCCAGAACGUCUUCAACAACCAGCUCAUUAAGAACUUGGGCAAGGAGGUUCCAAAUCUCGAUCCUUCCAUUGUUUUGGCCACCGGUGCUACCAGUUUGAAGGCAACCCUCCCAUCUGAAUUUAUCGGUGGUGUCUUGAGAGCUUACAAUCUCAGCUUGACACAAACAUUCUACAUCGCCGUUGCCUUCAUGGGAUUGAGUAUUUUUGGCUCCCUCGCUCUUGAAUGGAGGAGCAUUAAGGGCAAGAAGAUCGAGAUGGGAGGUGCCGCAUAA